GCUGUAUCAAAGGCGUUUGUGCACGUAAAACUGCAGUGAGAGUCGGACUGUCGCAUGACUCGCUGACUUUGACAGCCCCUCUCUCUCUGACAGUCGGGGAGCUGCCCCUCAUCACAACAUCACCAGGGCGUUUCAGCCAGCCAACCAGGCGAGCAACACACACUCUCCCCGGAUAAAUACACCCCCUUUACCCGUCGCCGUUAUCUCGAGAGGACAGCCGUUCCUUGCUACGCAGACGACAUGCCAUGUUGAUGUGACGAAAAUGAACAAACCCAAGAUGGCCUCCGAGAAGGGUGUUCCCAGUAACUCCAGAGCGCAGAUCCUGCUGGCCCAGCUGGAGAAGCUCACCGGCGACGGUAUGGUGAGGGAUCCCGAGAUGGCGCGGCAGAUCACCUCCAAGCUCCUGCAUCUCAUACAGACACAGGAGAAGACGUCGAAGGAGGUGAUGUCCAAAGGCACCAGCGGCAUGGAGGUCAUUCUUUCUUCACUGGAGAGCACCCGGGACAUCCCAACAAUCCUGAACAUCCUUUGCAUACUGAGUGAGCUGCUGACCUUGGGCAAAGGACGCAGGGUGGGGGUCUUCGUAUCGAAGGGAGGAACAGCAGUGUUACUCCGCAUUCUAAUCAGUGCCAACAAAGAGUUUCCCCCCAACGAGGAGCUCAUGUUGCAGGUUCACUCCCUACUGGCCAAGGUGGGCCCAAAAGACAGGAAGUUGGGCGUGAAGGCACGUCUGACUGGCGCUCUGAACGUCACGAUAAACCUGAUCAAGAAGAACCUCCAAAACGUCAAGCUGCUCCUGCCCUGCUUGCAGGUUCUCAGGGUUUACUCGGCUAACAUGGUGAACGCCAUAUCCCUGGGUAAUAGCGGCGCUAUAGAGCUGAUGUUCAAGAUUGUGGCACCGUACAGCAAGAAGAAUACAAGUCUGAUCAAGGUCUCUGUGGAUGCACUCGUUGCUCUGCUGAAAUCCAAGACAAAUGCUCGGCGGGCGGUGGAGGGCAGCUAUGUGUCCACCCUGCUGGCCCUGUACUUGGACUGGCACCGCAACGACACGUGGCAUCGUCACACGGUGAUCCGUAAGGGGCUGCUGGCCUGCCUGCGCAACGUCACCAACAUCAAGCUGGGCAGGCGGGCGUUCACCAAGGCUGAUGGCAUGCGCAUUCUGUACAACUCUUCAAGUGAGUGUCUCUCGGUGCGCACCCUGGAUCCUCUUGUCAACGCCUCAAGUCUCAUCAUGAGGAAGUGCUUCCCAAAAAACCGCUUGCCUCUGCCUACCAUCAAGUCGGCCUUCCAUUACCAGCUGGAGCACGUGCUGGCUUCAGGGCCGGUCGCACAGCUCUACAGCCAACCACCUGGAGGAAGAACACAGGCUCAGCUCUGCAGCGAGCCCUUAAAGAAGGUGGACGACGUGGUGGAUGACAGUGACGAUAACGAGGACACAGAGGCAGACACGGAGAACGAUACGGAGAACGAGGAAGAUGAGAAGGACUGCCGCUCCCCGAAUGACGACAUUGAAAAGGAUAUAAACAAGCUCCACCCGCAAAAGAUCCCGAGCCGACCUUACGAAGAGUUAAGAGUCUAUGAGAAGUUUUUUGUGGAGCUGUCUGAAGACUUCCAGGGCUAUAACUUUGAAUCCCCCACCACAUCUUCACCGGCUCAAUCCGCUCAGCCCAUCGUCGUGCCCACACCUCAGGCGCUGUCCCCGAAUCACGUCACUGCGCCCACAGCUCAGAACGUCAGCAACGCCUCUGCUCCCGCGCCCACCAUUCCUCCUCUUCAGCUGGAGACUAGCCAGUUUGGCAAGGACUUCAACAAAAAGGAGGAGGCACAUAAUCAACCAGCGGAGCAGGAAUGGUCACAAGCACCUGAAUAUGGCGCCCUAAAUGCGGAUGAGAUGAGAGUCAAACAAAAAGCAUCUCCCAUCAGUGCACCGAAGCCCACGCAGUCCCCUCUGCUUUUAGAGGGCAUCGCCAUUCGCUGUUUAGCAGCAGGAGGAGCAGGAGGAGGAGGAUCAGACUGUGGCUCUGAGGGCGGCGAGGAUGAAGGCGGCGAAGGAGCUGUCCUGGAGGUGCCCGACACGGCUCAGCUUCUCCCGCUGCAUGACCUGGACCUUUAUGUGGAAAUGGUCAAGGGGACAAAGUCUGUGCCGCACUACACCGAGGUGGCCUAUCCGGACUACUUUGGACACGUGGCCCCCACGUAUCGGGAGUCCCUUUUGGAGAGGUUGUACGGGGUACAGAGGUCUAAGAUUUUCCAGGAUAUUGAGAGGUUGAUUCACCCAAACAACAUCAUGGAUAAAGUUGUUUACGACCUUGACAUGCCCAGCUGUCCCGUGAUUGAAAGCGAUGGCGAGUCACUGAGGUUCAACUCGAAGUUUGAGUCCGGCAACCUCAGGAAGGCCAUCCAGAUCCGGAAGUACGAGUACGAUCUGAUUCUGAACUCGGACAUCAACAGCAACCACCACCACCAGUGGUUCUACUUCGAAGUGAGCGGCAUGCGCGUGGGAACCAUGUACCGCUUCAACAUCAUCAACUGUGAAAAGUCCAACAGCCAGUUCAACUAUGGCAUGCAGGCGCUGAUGUACUCGGUUCAGGAGGCCAUCAGUGGCAGGCCUCGCUGGGUCAGAACAGGAACAGACAUCUGUUACUAUAAGAACAAUUUUGCCAGGAGUUCCAUCGCAACCGGCGGUCAGAAAGGGAAGUCCUACUACACAAUGACCUUCAGCACUAGCUUCAGCCACAAGGAUGACGUGUGCUACUUUUCUUAUCACUACCCUUACACGUAUUCCUCUCUAAAGAUGCACCUGUCGAAGCUGGAAGCUAUGAGGGCGCCCGAGAUUUACCUGAGACAAGAUGUCCUGUGUGAGACGCUCGGAGGAAACAGCUGCCCGUUCCUCACCAUCACCGCCAUGCCAGAGUCCAACUCCAGUGAUCACAUCUGCCAGUUUAGAAAUCGUCCAUUCAUCUUCCUGUCGGCCAGAGUGCACCCUGGGGAAACCAAUGCCAGCUGGGUGAUGAAAGGCACGUUGGAGUUCCUGAUGGGCACCAGCCUGCUGGCGGCCACCCUGAGAGAGGCCUACAUCUUCAAGAUCGUACCCAUGCUCAACCCUGACGGUGUCGUCAACGGAAAUCAUCGUUGUUCCCUGAGCGGGGAAGAUUUGAAUCGGCAGUGGCAGAACCCCAAUCCUGAGCUGCACCCCACCAUCUACCACACCAAGAGCCUGUUGCAGUACCUCGCACAUACGCAACGAGCGCCACUGGUGUUUUGCGACUACCACGGCCAUUCCAGAAAGAAAAACGUCUUCAUGUACGGCUGCAGUCUGAAGGAAACCAUAUGGCAGUCCAACAUCAGCGCGGCGUCCAGUGACUUACAAGAAGAUCUGGCAUACAGGGCCCUUCCAAAGAUCCUCUCCCAGAUUGCGCCGGCCUUCAGCAUGGCCAGCUGCAGUUUUGUGGUGGAGCGCUCCAAGGAGUCGACGGCGCGCGUGGUCGUGUGGCGGGAGAUCGGCGUGCAGCGCAGCUACACCAUGGAGAGCACCGUCUGCGGAUGCGACCAGGGCAAAUAUAAGGGUUUUCAGAUUGGCACCAGGGAGCUGGAGGAGAUGGGAGCUCAGUUCUGCGUGGCGCUGCUGAGGCUCAAGAGAAUGACGGGGCUCCACAACCAUCAGCACCUGCUGGACCUGGAGAGUGACCUCAUUGGGGCGCAGCCCAAAGUAGUCAGCAGCUGCCCCACCACAUACGUGAUGGACGAAGAUGAACCGUCCUUCCUGGAGGCGGUGGAUUACAGCGCCGAGAGCAACGACGACGACACCGAGGUGGACCUCGAGGCCGUCGCCUCCGCCGCCUCCGUCGCCGGCGCCGGCGGCGAAGUCCCGGACCGACCGUCAGACGCCGAGAGCAACAAUCACGACGCUUGGAAAUCUGAGCCUGUCACCGGCAGCCAAUGACUGAUUUAAACAAUAUGUAUCAUUUAUGUAUUUAUUAUCUUUUUUUUAAGCAGUUUAAAUUCCAAAAACACUGAAGGAAACCACACUCACAGCUUCCAUUAUACACAGUGUACGUACUACCUGUUGCUGUCUCUAAGGCUGGAUUUAUACUGCAAGUGUCCAAUUCCCUAUUUACAUGUAUUUUCAUAGAAAUAUUUGACUGCAUCUACCUUCACUGUCUACUGUAACGCACAUAAACCACAAGUGUCAACAUAGGGCAAUGAAAAGGGUAAUAAAUAAAUAAUACCAAUGUUAAACGUUCCAUACACUUUAGUUAGCUUGGGCUGAUUGGCCCUCCAGUUGGGUUAAAUGCAAGCGACCUCCUUGCUUUUGCCAAAAGGCUUCUCAAUUGCUCUCACCUUACAGUUAUACAUUUUGAAAUCAUUUGUCUUAUUUUAAAUCACAAAAACCUGGCAUUUGAACAGGCGUGCAUUUUUUUAUAUCCACUUUAGAUUCUUCUUCAUUUUUCGCGCUCUCUCAGUAAUAUCUUUAUUCUUUAUUUUUGAUAGCAUAAAAUUAUGUCUUUUAAAACUAAAACAAAUCCAAAAAUAACAACUACAUUAACCAAAAAUGAAAUGUUUCUAUUGGUAUAUUCUGACCUUAUUUGUGCUAAAAUUGCGACUUUAAUUAUAUGCAACACCUUUUUUUUCGUUAUGUCGCAACUUUUAUUUGUCCUAAAAUUCUGAAUUUGUUUGUUUAAUAUGUAUCUUUUUCUUAUGUGACAUUUUUAUUUGCCCCAAAAUUUUACUGAACAACUUCUUUCUCGUAAAAUGAUGACUUCAUUGAUACUGAAAUUAUGAUUUUCACAUAAAAUGUUUUUUUUCCCCAGUAAUAUUAAGAUUUUAUUUGUUCCACAAUUAUUAUUUAAUUCACAUAAAAUUCAAUUUUCUUUCUUGUAAUAAUCCAACUUCAUUGACAUUGACAUUUUUUUCCUGUUUAAUCUUUAAUCUACAUAAAAAUCAGAUUUUAUUAUCUUAAAAUGAUGACCUUUUUUUUUUUUUCUUUCCCCCACAUUGGAUAUUGUUUCUGAAAAGGCCUUCGAAAAGGCACUGAAAACCCAUGUCGUGUAAAUCCAGCCUUAAAGCCCGUCGCACCGUAAACUUCCAAGCGUUGAGUUCUGGGGCUUGUGGGUGAGUUCCACCUGCUGUUCGGCGCAACAGUUAAGACAAUCCACCUGAAGGCUGGAGCAGUCGUGUACGCUCCAGCGAUCACUUCUUAGCGCUCCUCACGAAUUCCCCUCCAUAAUGACACUGCGAGGGCAUCGGAGGCUCACACAGGCCUCCAUGUUGACACAAAAAGCUACCCAGACGACUUCCUCCCUCAAAAGCCAAGCCGCCUGCCUUCUCAUGCUCACCCUGCACUUUAACUUGUUUACUUCCCACUUCCUGUCUUAACAUGAGCUGUGGUCGAAACCUCACUACGGAACUCAAGUGUCCCCCGUGUAGGAGGACACUUGACAACACUUGACCUCGCAAGCAAGCGCCCCCCCACCCCCUUCACCUUGAAGUGCAAUGCACAUGCAGUGGAACCUCGAAAGCGGACUGCCUCUUAAGUCCUAAAAUUUGGAAUUCCACCCUAUAUUUGGGGGGAAAAAAUUCAAGUCGCAUCUUGCAUCAUCUCAUGUGAGACCGACCUCACUUGAUAUAAACAUUUUUAAAUCAAAAGUUUAAAAAAAAUCACAUUUUAUUCAUCGUGAUAAAAUAUUUCCCGACAUUUUUAAUCAUCUUUUAAUCACCUUUAAAGCAUGUUUUUAAACCAUAGUUUUCUUACAUUUAAGUCAACAUUUUUCAAAUCUAGAAUUUGUAAUUUUUCUAAUAAUUGUUUACAUCACAAUUUUUAAUGGAAUUUUGGUGAAGCUUGUUUUUUUUUCAUGUCGUAAUUUCUCAACUUGCAAGUUCUUAUUUCUGGGUCAUUACAUUUUUUUCAAUAUUUUUUUGUGAAUAUUUACAUCAUCAUUUUUCAAAACAUUGCUUCCGUCCUCAUAUUUCAAGUUAUACUUUUUUACAUGUCUGUCAUAUUUCUUCAAAUUAUAUUUUUUAAAUACUUUUUGUGAAUUAUUUUUGUCCUACUACUUCAAGACAUUUGUGAAAAUCUUUUUUUUUUUUUUUUUUACAUCAUAUCAUAUUGUUUGUCUUAAUCAUUCAAAUCAUACUUAUUCAACAAUUUCCAGAUUUCUUUUGUCAGAUUUUUGCUUUUCUUUUUUGUCUUCACUAAUUUCACUGCUAAAAAUAUAGUACUUUUUU